AUGUCCGAUCACCAAAAAAUCCAUCCGGUAAGCGAUCUUGAAGCUCCACCACAUCCAACGGUUCCUCUUGUUCCACGUGACUCUUCAAGAUCGGAACAUGGUGAUCCUACCAAGACGCAGCAGCAGCCAACACCGUUGGAUCCUCAGAGGAAGAAGAAGAGAUCAAGAAGCUGUUGGUGUAGAUGCUUGUGCUACACGUUACUAAUCCUCGUUCUUCUCAUUGUCAUCGUAGGAGCAAUCGUUGGUAUACUCUACUUAGUCUUUAAACCGAAGUUACCGGAUUACAAUAUAGACCGGUUACAACUCACCCGGUUUCAACUAAACCAAGACUUGAGUUUAUCAACAGCCUUUAACGUUACCAUCACAGCCAAAAACCCAAAUGAGAAAAUUGGUAUUUACUAUGAAAACGGAAGCAAAAUCAGCGUUUUGUACAUGCAAACCAAGCUCAGUAAUGGGUCAUUGCCAAAGUUCUACCAAGGGCAUGAGAACACGACUGUUAUAAACGUUGAAAUGACUGGUUUUGACCAAAAUGCGACAAGUUUAAUGAAUAUAUUGCAAGAUCAACAACGGUUAACCGGAAACGUACCGUUGCGGAUUAGAGUUACCCAACCGGUUCGGAUCAAACUCGGGAAAUUAAAGUUGAUGGAAGUGAGAGUCUUGGUUAGGUGUGGUGUAUCGGUUAAUAGCUUGGCUGCUAAUAGUGUCAUUAGGGUUCAAAGUAGUAACUGCAAAUAUAGGGUUAGACUAUAA